CCAAACCACGGAAACUCUUCAAUGCAGAUGGUCAUACAACGAUUUGGCGACACAUGCAUAAAACAAUAUUAAGUGCUGAGGAAUCUCUUUAGUUGGUGUAUCCAGCUUUUCAGCAAAAGGUAAAUAAUGACCGCACAGGAGGAACGUCUGUGUGGGCUGCUGCUGCAGGAGCACUUUGGAGAGGUGGUGGAGAAAGUGGGCACUCAUCUCCUCCGCAGUGGCAAUCUGAACCUACGAGCUCUUGUUCAAGAGACCAAACUUCCUCUUGACUUGGUCAAGAAGUCUGUGUGUGUGCUGGUGCAGCAAGGGAUGUGUACGUUUUGUACAGGGCGUCGUGGUCCAGGGGCACCCGUGGAAUACCAGAUCUGCUGUGAGAAAGUUCUGCACAUGCUCCGUUAUCCACGCUACAUCUACACAGCCAAGAGUCUUUACGGAGACACCGGGGAGCUUAUUGUUGAGGAGAUACUGCAGAGAGGUCAGAUGACUAUGAGCAAUACAGUCAGUACUGUUGCAGACAGACUCACCCACAAUAUGCCAGAGGGCCAGUGUAUGGACUACAGUGAGGUUGUCACUGCAUUUUCCCGCUUGGUGGAGACUCACUUUUUGCAGCGGUCUCCCCCGAUGACCCCAGCAGGAUCUUCAACUUCGGGUGGAGCUGACUCUAACCCUCCUUCUGUAACGGAGCCCAUCCAACCAGAGACCAACCCAGACUGCUACAAACUUCCUUACAUCAAUAUCAGUGGGAAGGGGAAACGGAGACGCAGUGAUGAUGGUGAUGCUGACCAGAGCACUGCAAAGAAAGCCAAGACGGACAACAGUGAGUCUGGCGAUGAAGGGAUCUACUGGCAGGUGAAUUUCGAACGGUUUCACCUGCACUUCAGGGAUCAGGCCAUCAUUAGUGCUGUUGUCAGUAAACUUGAUCAGACCAGCAGUGAGAUAGUUCGAACCAUGUUACGAAUGAGCGAGGUAACCACGCCUGCUAAUGCUGCGUUCACUCAAGCUCUUUCAGGCAAUGAGAUUUUCCGAUCUCUUCCCUCCACUUACAACAUCGCCAGGCCGAUUUUAGACCAAUAUCUCACUCUCCUUGUUGAUGAUCCGAUGGAAUUUGUUGGGAGAACGGGGGACAGUGGAGGAGGAAUGUUUGUUGUCAAUUUGCAUCGUGCACUGGCUAACCUGGCCAGAGCCUCUCUGGAGUCUGUGGUCCAGGAGAGGUUUGGUUCCCGUUCUGCCCGCAUCUUUCGUCUGUUGCUACGGAAACGACACCUUGAGCAGAAGCAGGUGGAGGAUUUCGCCAUGGUUCCAGCCAAAGAGGCCAAAGACAUGCUGUACAAACUUCUGUCUGAGAAUUUGGUCCAGCUACAAGAAAUCCCAAAGACACCAGACCACGCCCCCUCUCGUACCUUCUAUCUGUACACUGUGAAUCAGCUGCCAACAGCCAGAUUACUGCUUCAACACUGUUAUAAGACAGUUGGAAACCUGAUCGAGAGAAGGCUGUACGAGACCAAAGAGAACAAGCGACUUUUGGAAAAGUCUCAGCGAAUUGAGGCCAUUCUGGCAUCGCUGCAAGCCACCGGGGCCGAGGCCGAGCAGCUGACAGAGGUGGAGGAGAUGAUCACAGCUCCGGAGAGACAACAGCUCGAGUCUCUACGGCACCACAUCAACAAGUUGGAUUCCAGUGAAAACCAGGUGGAUGAGACCAUAUUUCUUAUCGAAUCCUACAUCAAAUCCACAAAGUCCUCACGAUGAGCGAUAUUUAGAUAAAUGCAGGCUUGUUUAAAUAAACACGUUUAUGUUUGAUAAACAUGAAUCCAGAAGUGAACCUGAGAUAAAAGGGUUGAAUUGUUCCUUUAAAGCAGGGAGAGGUCGAUCCUUUUGUAUAGACAAGUGAAAGUGGACACUGAUGUUAACACUGAGAGGAUUGUGUAGUUUUAUUUUGCAGUGGGUUAAAUAAAGAUCCAAUUUAGUUUUA